UCAAAAAACUCAAAAUGUCAAAGUCAUGUCAAGUUCCAUUCGAGGUCGUCACUCUUUUUAACAAACAUAAAUAAAACGAUUUAAAAUUAAACAAACUUUACACAAAAAUUGUUUGCUUUUAUUACUCUGCUGCAAGCUAAAGGUAUAAAUGGAGCCUAACGCUCCAGGCUCGUCAACCUCGUCCAGAGCCACGAAAUUUAUGAUGGAAGGUGUCGGGGCACGGGUUAUAAGAGGACCUGACUGGAAAUGGGGGAAACAGGAUGGUGGUGAAGGGCAUGUAGGCACCGUAAGAAACUUUGAAUCCCCCGAAGAAGUAGUUGUGGUCUGGGACAAUGGCACUGCAGCAAAUUAUAGAUGUUCCGGAGCUUAUGAUUUACGUAUUUUGGACAGCGCUCCAACAGGUGUCAAACAUGAGGGUACUAUGUGCGACACAUGCAGGCAACAACCAAUAUUUGGUAUUCGGUGGAAGUGUGCUGAGUGUAGUAAUUACGAUCUAUGCUCUGUCUGCUACCAUGGGGACAAGCAUCAUUUACGUCACAGGUUUUACCGUAUCAGUGCUCCUGGGGCACAGCGAUGCUUGGUGGAGCCUCGACGUAAAAGCAAGAAACAAGCAGUUAGAGGCAUAUUUCCAGGAGCAAGAGUUGUGAGAGGGGUGGAUUGGCAAUGGGAAGACCAAGAUGGUGGCAAUGGGAGACGGGGAAAAGUCAACGAGGUACAAGACUGGUCAGCCGCCAGCCCACGCUCUGCUGCUUAUGUUGUGUGGGACAACGGAGCCAAGAACUUGUACAGGGUUGGUUUUGAAGGAAUGGCUGAUCUAAAGGUGGUAAACGAUGUGAAAGGUCAAAAUGUUUAUAAGGAGCAUUUACCUCUCUUAGGUGAAUUGGGUCCUGGCAGAACUGGGCCUCAUGGCCUGCAAGUUGGUGAUCAAGUAAAUGUAGAUUUGGAUUUAGAGAUAGUCCAGUCAUUGCAACAUGGGCACGGCGGAUGGACGGAUGGGAUGUUUGAAUGUCUCAGUACUACAGGCACAGUUGUUGGCAUUGACGAGGAUCACGAUAUUGUUGUAACGUAUCCUAGCGGCAACCGUUGGACCUUCAAUCCUGCUGUGUUAACUAAGGUAUGCAGCGGGAGCUUAACGGCGUCGACGUCAGCGGCUAGCGCGGGCGGCGGCUUCGCGGUGGGCGACCUGGUGCAGGUGUGCGCCGACCAGGAGCGCGUCAAGGCGCUGCAGCGCGGCCACGGCGAGUGGGCCGAGGCUAUGGCACCGACGCUCGGUAAAAUUGGUCGCGUGCAGCAGAUUUAUCACGAUAACGAUUUGAAGGUAGAAGUUUGCAACACUUCAUGGACUUACAAUCCGAAUGCGGUCACCAAAGUUGCGUCUUUCGAUGGCAGCAUUCCAGGAAACUCAUCAGGUGAUCGUCUGUCAGUGCUUUUGAAGAAGCUGUUCGAGUCUCAUGUGACGGGGGACGCGAAUGAGGAGCUGGUGAAAGCGGCCGCGAACGGCGACGCGGCGCGCUGCGCAGACAUCCUGGCUCGUACGGACGGUGCGCAGGCCGACGUCAACGGCGUGUAUGGCGGCCACACCGCUUUGCAGGCGGCGGCACAAAACGGGCACGUAGAAGUGAUCCGCGCCCUGGUGGACGCGGGCGCCGAGGCGGACGCGGAGGACCGCGACGGCGACCGUGCGGCGCACCACGCGGCCUUCGGUGACGAGUCCGCGGCCCUGCGCGCACUGGCAGGCGCCGGCGCCGACCUCAACGCCAGGAACCGCCGCCGCCAGACGCCGCUGCACAUCGCCGUCAAUAAGGGCCACCUCGCCGUAGUGCGCACGCUACUCCAACUCGCCGUUCAUCCCAGCUUGCAAGAUUCCGAAGGAGAUACACCACUGCACGACGCAAUUUCGAAGAAACGCGACGACAUAUUGACUUUGCUGUUGGACCAUGGAGCUGACAUGACGCUCACAAACAACAAUGGAUUCAACGCUCUACACCACGCCGCACUCCGAGGCAAUCCAAGUGCAAUGAAAAUUAUGCUGGGCAAGCUGCCGCGACCGUGGAUAGUGGACGACGCGAAGGAUGACGGGUACACGGCGCUGCAUUUGGCGGCGUUCAACAACCACGCAGAGGUCGCCGAGCUGCUGGUGCGCGGAGGAGCGCGCCCCGACCUCCAGAACGCGAACCUGCAGACCGCGCUGCACCUCGCGGUCGAGCGGCAGCACACUCAAAUAGUUCGCCUACUCAUCGCACAUGGGGCUAACCUGAACAUUUGUGACAAGGACGGCGAUACGCCGCUGCACGAAGCGCUGCGGCACCACACCCUGCAGCAGCUGCGGCGCCUGCAGGACGCGCGCGACGCGUCGCUGCUGAGCGGCAUCGCGCACGCACACGACAAGAAGUCCUCCGCCUCCAUCGCCUGCUUCCUCGCCGCGCACGGUGCUGAUCUCACCAUCAAAAAUAAGAAAGGUCAGACGCCGCUGGACCUGUGUCCAGAUCCUAACCUUCGUAAGACACUAACGACAUGCCGCAAAGAAGGGGCUGGGGUGACGAGUGACGUCAGCCCGGAGAACGAAGCGGCACCGCCCGACGCCGCGGCGGCGCCCGGCGACCCCGCGCCCGACGAGUGCCUCGUGUGCUCCGACGCCAAACGAGACACACUCUUCCGCCCCUGCGGACACAUAUGCUGUUGCAACGUGUGUGCUGCGAGGGUGAAGAAAUGUCUCGUGUGCCGCGCGUGCGUAACGUCGCGGCAGCGCGUGGGUGAGUGCGUGGUGUGCUCGGAGGCGCCCGCCACCGUGGUGUUCCGGCCGUGCGGCGACGUGUGUGCGUGCGCGGCGUGCGCGCCGCUCAUGCGCAAAUGUGUGGAGUGCCGCACGCCGCUGCAGCCGCCGCCCGCAGCGCCCGCGCCCGCGCCCGCCCCCGUGCCACCCGCACCCGCAGCUGGGCCCGCGUCCCACUCGCAGCUCGCCGCGCAUUCCGCGCCCUCGUACGCCGCCCUUCAGAAACACGAUGGCGGUGGCGACGGUAGCAGCAACUUGGCGCAGGUGCAGGUGAACAAGGGGCAGCCCGCGCCCGCGCCCGCCGCGCCGCACCUCAUGAACAACGGCUCGCGGUCCGCCCCCGCGCCCGCCACGCCCGCGCCGCCCGCGCCGCCCGCCCCGCCCGCGCCCGGCGCGCCGCCCGCCGCAGACGUACAGAAACUGCAGCAACAACUGCAGGACAUCAAGGAACAAACGAUGUGCCCCAUCUGCCUGGACCGGCUCAAGAACAUGAUCUUCCUGUGCGGGCACGGCAUGUGCCAGAUGUGCGGCGACCGCAUCGCCGUGUGCCCCAUCUGCCGCAAGCAAGUGGAGAAGCGCAUUCUACUCUACUAGCGGCCGAUGCCACCGCCAGGCCGGGGAUCCCUCUUGCGGAAGUUCUGCGUGUUAACUUUCCCGGCAAAUUUAAGCGGAAAAAGAGCUUUGAUACAACGUGAUGCGUGGCGUACAUAUUUUAUUGCGUAUGUGCGGCUAGCUUAAAUAAUAUGUUGACAUUCCGUGUCAAUCAGCUAGUGUACCGUGUUUCGGACGCACGGAAAAUGCGCGCAAACUGCCUCUCGACUACGUAAAUUAAGCGCUGUCAUAAUAAUUAUUCUGUACGACAGCGGGAUUCCGUUAAGUGAAAUAUAAACGUACCUAAUACCUGUGCAGACGAAAUGCCGAUGAAAAUAUCCGCGCGCGUUUUUCGCUCGCGGGAUCCUGCUAGAUUUGUUCGUGUAGUUCUGGGGUAGUUAACAAAAUGUAAAAGUGUACUCUUCUAAUAAAGUAAGUUUAAUUGCAGUAUGUUUUAUGCCAGAAAUGAAAUUAGUAGGCUUCUUAACUCAGGGCGAUUCAAUAUGACGGGUUUUAUUAUAUUCAGAACAUUUCACGCGGAAUGUUUAUGACUUAGCAGGUAGAUUCUAAUAGGUAGGUAUAUCACUUUCACAUCCAUAUUUUGUCUAUGUAAUAGGUUGGCUCCCAGGGCGAAGCCGGGCCGGGUCAACUAGUGCAGCAUAAAAUAUAAUGGCACCGCUCUCACCGCAUUUUUCCCCUACCCUUGUGAGUAAAUAUAAAAUUGAAACUUUAUUAGUUACAAUAAAUCUUUUAAGCUGCGAUUAUUAAUUCUGUUUUUAAUAAUUAAAAAAAUAUUUUGCCAACUACCCUAGGUAUUUAAUACAAAAUACAAGUUAAGCGUUUAGUGUAAGAAAACUACUUGAACUGCCAAAAUAUCGCAAAUUCUUAUACACUUUAAUAGCCGUCCCAA